ACGGGGCCAUGUGACGCCAGGGGCCGGUGGAUCGGCACGUGUACGCGAGCGGAACCGGGAAGGGAGACCCUGGAGCGAGCUGCACCCCGGGUUACAGAUCAUGGCUGCAAUUUACUCUGGGAUUCACCUGAAGCUCAAAAGUGCAAAGACACCUUGGGAAGACAAACUGAAAUUAGCUCGAUUUGCCUGGAUUUCACAGCAGUGCUUUUUGCCCAACAAGGAACAGGUUUUACUUGACUGGGUGAGCCAUGCCUUAACUGGAUACUACAGCAAGAAGCUCCAUUUUGGAGCUGAAAUUGUGGAAGGACUGUGGUCCUAUCUGGAUGAAGUUCUUCACAGCAGAAAAGUGCAGAAGCUGAUGGAGAAAGGGAAGACCAUCACGAUUCGCUUCUCGAUCCCUCAGAUUAUAAACGAGAGGAUCUUGGCAUGUUCCAGUGACAAGCCCCUAAAUGUUGAUACAUCAAGUCUUCCCACAGUGCUGAGCUGCUGUCAGGGAAUUCUCACGUCUCCUGCCUUUUCCAUCAUCUACACCAGCAAGUACGAUUUGUUGGUUGAUCUCCUCUGCAAGCUGUGCAGCCUAGCCUGCAGCAGGUUGAAAUCGGCAGAAGCCCUGCGCUCUGCACAGCUCUUCGACGUCCUCCUCUUGGUGUUGAACCAGUACCUCGUCAGGAAGAGGCAGCAGAGCAACCAGCCCCGGAUUUUUCUGCAGAUGUGCAGCUCUCUGCUCCAGCCCUUACUCCUCCUGCGCCACCUGCUGUCCACCAGGUGCUGGGUGGGUGAGGACGCGGUGUCAGUGCGGCAACACCUCAGCAGGGAAAUAUGCAAUAAGAUCCAGGCCGCCCUUCAGAACGGUCUGUUCCACACUGACUUUCUGAACUCGUACCGAGAGGAGCUCUUGCCGAGUGAGGGCUCUCAAGGGAGGAAGGCAGGCUUUUCCAAAGGGCUGACUGCACCCACUGAAACGAUACUUCUAAAGUUAGCCGACGCUGCGUUCUUCAGCUCGGACCUGCACUUUGCCAUCGUCGCUGGUUCGGUACCGAUGCUUUACAAACUGUCUGUUGAAUCCUACUGCAAGGAUGGAAAUCAGCUUCUCUGUUUCCACAUCUUCACCAAGUUCCUGGACGUGCUGCAGCUCCCAGUGGCCCAGGGUGCUGAGGAUGGGGCGUCUGUGGAAUGGAACCCGAGGCUCCUGGCUCUGGAUCAGCUGCUCAACCUGAUCUUCGUCAACAACAUCUACAAUGUCUCCGUGGACAAGAUCCGGUGUGACGGGGUGCAGUUCACUUGCUACAGCAGGUUGGCGGAAAUGCUGCUGACCUACCCUCGCCCGGGUACUGCGGCCUGGUUCAGAUGCCUGAGGACCUUGAUUCUACUGAACCACCUGAUCGUGGAGCCAUGUCUGAAUGAGUUGGUGUCGCUGGCGUGGAUUGACGCUGACGUCAGCGACCCGAGGGUGAGGAAAGCCCAGGACUUGUUGCUGAGCACCCUGCUGGAGACCUACACCAAACUGCGGCAGUUGCCCAGGGUGUUCAAGGAGGUGCUGGAGGUCGUCUCGCGGCCGGCUGCUGAUGAGUUGAGGCAGCCCAUCCUCUCCGAGAGCCUCACAAAGAAACUGCGUGAGUGCCUCCUGGAAGUAACAAACAGUCAGGUCUUGGAUAUUUGGGACUUGAUCCUGAAGAGCUUGGAAUCACUGAUCCCCGAUGUGGUGGAGAGCCCUGAUGAAGCUCUGAAGGUCCUCACAAUGAGCAUCUUGCUACACACCGUCCUCUUCAACAUGAGGACUCUCAAUGACAAAACGCCAGUGCCGGUAAUUCGGUCCACCCAGGCCCUGAUGGACAGGAUGGUUGAAAGAGCCGUGGUCCCCCUCCUCUGCACGGGCAAACAUGCCGGUGGCACAGGCUCUCCCGUGUGGGCCCCAGACGCCAGGAGUGCGGGGCUGACUCUCGGCUGCACCUGGGUAGAAAUUGACCACGUGCUGUGGCUGAACUGCAGCAAGUACGUCUCGCCAUCUCCCCGGGCCAGCGAAGCAGAGGCGGGCGCUUGGGACUUCAGCUGCCUCCUCCCGCAGGUGAGCACGGCGGAGUGGAGGGCGGCGGCAGGACCGGGCGGUGAGCUCGGCCGGCAUUUCGCCCGGCUCCUGUCGCUGCAGAAGAUGAAGAGGAUCCUGAUGCGGCCCGGCGAGCUGACCGAGGCGGAGCGGCUGUGCCUGAGCUCCUCCGCUUCCUUUGUCGUCUCCUCCGGAAAAGCCGCCGUCCAGGGUGCUGGGGCACAAGGGUGGGACGGGCAGCUGAGCACACUGAACAGGGACACCUGCAGCGUGGCGCACUGGCACCUGGUCACCACCAACCUUGCCCUCCUGGUCCCUCACCUCCCCCAGGAGGAGGUCGCUUACGUUGCCGAGGUGGUGGUCACCAGCCUCCUGCAGAAGGGCGCUUGGGAGGUGCGGCCAGAUGUGGGGACCUCGCUUUCCAUUCCAGCCAUGUGUGAAAGUUUGCUCAACAGCACUCUUCUUCCGGAACUCCGGGCUCUCUACCACGAGAUCUUACUCGGUCUGACCCAGAGGGUGAGGCGUCUGGUCACUGCCCCUGGAAGUGGAUUGCCCUCAGGGUUACUGGAGCAGCUGGCAGCAAAUGCCCUCGCCUCUCGGGGUGAGGGCCACCAGACCAGCAGCAGCUGGGGACUGCUGUUCUCCUCUUCCAUGCCCUCCCAAGAGGCAUCACCCCUCGAUUCACCCCAAUUCAUGUUCUCGUCGAUAAAAGGCACUCCCCUUCUCACCUUGCCAACAGAGCGGUUGGACGUCCUCCUGCAGAUUUUGGAUCUGCUCUCUGCAUUGAGGUUGGACUACCUCUCGUGCACCGAUCUUCUUCAAGCCUUCCUCUUGCUGGCGUCCCUGGUCACCGCCCUCCGACCCGGCUCCAAAAAGAGCAAUGCCUCCAAGUACCUGCAGGUUUUGGGCAAGUGUUACUUUCUCCUCACAGUCUUGGUGACAGGCACCAAUGGGAAGGCAGUCUUCAGGCUGGCACAUGCUGGGGACAUUCUAGAGAAGGUCAUGGCUCCUUUGUUUGUCGUGAGCAGUGAGCUGUCCCCCUCCCUGGAUUGCCCGGCCUGGUCCGAGCUACUCCACAGCUUCCAAUGCUUUCUCAGUAACUUUGUCCAGAAGAUUGUCGAAAGGAAGCAAAGCAUGUGCCUUAACUUGGAGCAGCUCAUUGGUUUCCUCUCCGACAAGUGGGCGAGUGCAGAGGAGAAGGAGGAAUGCAAGCUCGCGGCAGAGCAGUUGCUCUUGGUGGCCCUGUUGGCGUUGACCAGCGUGAUCCAAACCACAGUGCAGCAGUCUGAGAAGAGUCAGCUUAUCAGCGGCCUGCUGUCUCUUCUGAGCCAGCUCACUGGCCUCUUGGGCCCCAUUCUGCAGUCACAGUUCGACAGAAGCGGAUUGGAUCGGACGUUCACCGUGCCUUGUGUCACUGCCCUUCUGGAGGCAGAGCUGUGUCUGAAAGAGGAGCAAAGAGCUGCGACCAGUGAGGGAAGGAGUCUGGACCAGACGGGGCUGAAGCAUGGAAGCCUGUAUCAGAGCAUCUGUUCCCAGGUUCUGCAGCAACUCGCCACCUCCACCCAAGAGCUGGACCCACUUCGUAAACAGCUCGACUUCCUGCGAGUGUUUUGUUCAUCAGCAAAGCUUUGCUCUGAUCACAAUAUUUCGACUGGAAUCCCCUCCAUCUUCUGUGUUGUGAAAGCCCUGCUGGCAGCCCCAUGGAUGACAUCACAGAUCGUUCAGUCGCUGGAUACCCAGCUCAUCGGACUGCUCACCUGCAUAUCUGAACGGUGCACAGAGCAUCAGUUUUACCUUUUAGUAAAGUCGAUCGUUCAGGGCAUUGAGGUCGUCAGUCUUCGGAAAGGACAGCACUUGGAUGUCGUGUCCUCUGUGAUCCUGAUCUCCAUCCUUUUCAAGUGCUCGUUAAGGAAAAAUGUAGAAAAGAUGAUGUGGUUUUCAGCUCCUCAGGUUAUCACAGCAUUCCUGGUUUUGUGCAAGAAAACAGAUCUUGAUGAACCUUGGGGCUACAAGAUUACUUUGUUGAGCUUGGAGGCCUUGGCAAUCCUGAUCCAACAAGGAGAGGGUAUACUCACAAAUCCUCAUCACGUGACGCUUGCAUUCGAUGUUCUCUUGUGCGUUCCACUAGAACAGCUCAAACUGGAUGAAUACACGAGAGUUUUCCACGCCAUCCACGAGGUGCUAUUUUCUAUAAUACAGUCUCAGCCGAAGGUUUUGCUCAAUGCAGCACCAGUCUUCCUCAAGUGUUUGAACCGCCUUCUCCUUUCUGUUAUACAUAAAGGACGUCAAAAAGGUGCAGGAGAGAAAGGUACGGUGAUGGAAACUGAAAUGAUCCUUGACUGUGCACGGCAGGUUGAAAGGAUGUUCACUCACGUUGUCACGAAACCAGAGGAAUUUGGGAUGUUUUCUGCAUUCAUGGUGGCAGAGUACAUCAGUGAACUUCAAAAGGUCACCCUGAAUGCAGACGUGAAGAAAGCUUUGACGGAGGGAGUAUAUCACCUUCUGGAUCUGGUCACGGAAAAUGACCUCCGCUUUCUGAAUGCUUUGUUGCAAUUGGGAGUGAGGGAGGUAUUUAAGGCAUUGCACAGUGAUUAUAUGCGUUAUCAUAAAAGUAAAAGACAAGGUGAAGAGGAGUACACAGCUUAACCUGGAUGCCACCCUCAUUCCCUGUGCCUCCACCUGUUGUCCACUUUGGAUCAAGGGACUUGGAUACUGGCGAGUUAAAUGUUCAUGGGGCCUUGCCUAUUUGUGCACUUCAUAAGUGAGCUGGAGUGUUUCUGAUCUUUGUGGUGUCUUCUCUUGGUAGAGGCAACUUGAAAGUCAUUACAUUUAUUUAUUCAGAGUUGCAGUGUGGAAUAGGCUGCUCCAGCCCAACGAGCUGUGCUGCCCAGCAACUCAUCUAUUUAAACCCAGACUAAUCACAGGACAAUUCACAAUGAUCAGUUCACCUACUAACUGGUACAACUUUGGACUGUGGGAGGAAACCAGAGGUGAUGAGAACAUACAAACUCCUUACAGGUGGCGCCGGGACUGAACCACCGAUGCCCUGAACUAUAAUAACAUCAAGCGAAACGCUGACACACCGUGGCAUCCCGACUUAAAUCAUCUUCACUGAAAGAUUUCUAGCAUCAGGAAAAAUAGUUGGGAUAUAAAAUGGAUGCAGCUUUCUUGCCAAUGGAUGUAAUGAAGCAUGGAUACAAUGUGGGAAACUUUACAAAGUGCCAUGUGAUCACUUUAGUACUUCGUGAUCCAUCUAAAAGUACAGCUGAAGAAAAUUAUUUCCAGUCAUUCUCAUUUGUAAUAAUCUUAAAUAUUUUGUUUGACUUUUUCCAUAGAGAUAGACUUGCAAGAAGAAUAUUUCAGAGCAGAAUAUACCAGGUUUGUUUUAGUGUAGAUGUUCUAUAGGAUAAUAGUGGUAAAUUGUUAAUACAGUAAUCCGGAGCAGAAUAAUCCUGGAACAUCAAUACAAAUCCCUAGCGGCAGCUGAGAUUUUUUACGUACAUCUAAUUAAGCUUGAAUAUAAAAGGACUGGUUUCAGUAACUGUAACCAAGAAACAUAGAAAAGAAAAGCAGGACACUUGGUCCCUUCGGAUCUCUCUGCCAUUCAAUACGAUUGUGACUAAUCACGAGGAGUACCUCAAUGCAUCUGUCUAUCCAUUUUCUUUUUAUUAGUAUUUUUGUCUGGAAAUUUAUUUUAUCCCCUCAAAUACAUGCAGCAACUCUGGUCCUAUGAACUUUAUUUUGAAAGACCUUUUAAGGGCCGCAUGUAGUCAAGCGGUUAGUGUAACGAUAUUACACCAGCAACGUGGGUCCAAUUCUGCUGCUGUCCGUCAGGAGUUUGUACAUUCUCCCUGUGACCACAUUGGCUUCCUCUGGGUGCUCCAGUUCCCCCUCUCAUUCCAAACACAGAUGGGUUAGUAGGUUAAUUGGUCACAUGGGUGUAAUUGGGUGGCACAGGGCCAGAAGGGCCUGUUACCACAAUAUAUCUCUAAAUAAAUAAAUAACUUGCUUCAUUAAUAUCCUUCAAGAAGGAACUCUGCCUUCCAUGCCUAUUGACUACGUUGGACAACUCCAGACUCUUAGCAAUUUGCUUGACGUAGCAGAACAAGCUUCUUUGUCCAAGGUCAAUAAAUGAAGCCACUCAAUAGUUUUCAGCUCUUAAUCCAGAAGCAAGGUUCAGCUGAACUCUAAAAUACAAACAUAAAAUGCCAUGUGUACUCAGCAGGUCAGGUCAUGAACCUUAAGUGUUAAUUGGACUCUUUUAGCAGAGAUUUGCUGAACGUUCCCAGCAUUUAUUUCAGAUUUCUAGCUUUUGUAGCGCUUUGCUUCUGUAUUGUUCUCUUCCGCCAAGGGUAGUAGCUUCUCUGAAUCAAUACUUUAAACCUCAUUGUGAAAGACAAGUCAGUUGGUCCACAGGAAAUCAUGUAAACAGAGAAAAGUUUACUUGUUGAGUAUUUAGAGUUAAUACUUGUAUACACUGGCUUGUCAUUAGCCAUGCUUUUCUACAUUUGUAUAUGUUUCCUUUGUAAAUAAACCUAAAAUAAUUUAUCUGUU